AUGGCAUCGGUGCUCGUCCACGCGCGUCGACACAACAGACGUGAUGUGGACCAGAUCAUGAACAUGUCAUCAAAGUUUGAGGUUCAUGCUAACACAAAUGUUAAACCAUUAGAGCAGCCAAAGAAGAACAUGGGCAAAACCAUUAUCUUAGUGGGGAAAACAUGGAAUUUCAGCGACAAGUCAGUUCUGACGAAGAAAGAGCUUAUCAUGGCUUCAAAACGUAUCCUGAAGGAACUCAAGGACUUGCAGAAAGAUCCUCCGACAUCAUGCAGUGCAGGUCCUUCUGGCGAGGAUAUGUUCCAUUGGCAGGCAACCAUUAUGGGUCCUCCUGAUAGUCCCUAUGCUGGAGGUGUUUUCUUAGUGAAUAUCCAUUUCCCCCCGGACUACCCCUUCAAGCCUCCGAAGGUAUCGUUCAAGACAAAGGUCUUCCAUCCGAACAUCAAUAGCAAUGGAAGCAUAUGCCUCGACAUUCUGAAGGAGCAAUGGAGUCCUGCUUUGACAAUCUCUAAGGUUCUGCUUUCAAUCUGCUCACUGCUUACCGACCCUAACCCGGACGACCCUCUCGUCCCUGAGAUUGCCCACAUGUACAAGACGGAUCGGUCCAAGUACGAGACGACAGCCCGCAGCUGGACGCAGAAGUAUGCCAUGGGAUGAUCCGAAGCCCAUGCUCGUAUCCACUGCUUGCAUGCAGAAGAUUGUGUUGCUGUCCCGAGAAACUAUCUCUGGGCCAUUAUUUUCUUUGAUUACUUGUCGGUCGCGUGUGUCUCCCUGAUCCAUGUAGGAUCGCGUCGUAGUCAAAACAUCAACGUAUCAUUGCCAAAGUCCAUAAUGAAAUUGACAUAUGCUUCUCGUGAUAACUAUGCUAGUGUUGGUUCUCCCAUUC